UGUCAACCACAAAGCAAUCAAAAAUAAUUUAUUUAAAUGCAUUCUGCAUACAUYAAUUCAGUGAUCAUCGGAACGCGUCGCUUCAAAGGCCAAAAGAUGGACAUUAAUCAUUACAGAUUUAGUAUUUUGUGUACGACUUUCAAAUAGUUUAGUUGUUUAAAGCAUUCCGGAGGGCAACAGGGAAAGAGUAUUCUACAAUGUCGACGUCCGAAGGAGAAAGAAAGCGCCAAAUUCGUGAGUUCCAACGAAAUGCACAACGUUUGCUGACUGAAGAUGAUCGCGAGUGUCUUCACGAUAUUAUGAAAGAUUACCAAACUUAUAAAUCAGUUGAGAAGUUAAUUGAUUCACUAAAAUCAUGUUUGGAUACUCCUCGUAAACUUGACUUGYUGUCGGACAUAAGAAACCUUGUACCAGCCGCGCAGUUGGCAAAGUUUGACAGUCUUGCGCCUUAUCAUAAAAUGGCUCACCCGUUUAAAAGCAACAAACAAACUUCUCCUGACAGAAAAACUCAAAGUUUAAACCUGCGGAACGGACAGUUGCAUCAGAAUGGUAGAGUAUCACCUUCUGCUGGCUCRUUCAAGGUUAUUUCGCUGACCAGGACAUCUUUAGAUCAAGUUUUAGGCUUUAGUUUGCAAGGCGGCCAAGAGGAAGGGUCGCAUGUUUACGUUUCGGAAGUGGAUGCAGGUUCUCAAGCACACAAGCAAGGAUUGAGCGCUGGAGAUAAGAUUAUUGAAGUAAAUGGGAUUGAUUUUGAUCACAUAGCGUUAAACUCAGCUGUGAGUUUGUUAUCGUCACUUAAGAAGAUCAAAAUGGUUUUAAAAAGUGGAGGAAAGUUGCCUGAUUCSAGGGAACAGUCGCCGCGAAGGAAUCCCUGGGGUGAAAGAAAUGGUGGUAAAAUCGUUUAAAACGAUACCCAGUUCCAGAGUAAAAUCGCUGAAAACGAUACCCUGAUUGGCAGCACUAGCGAUGGUCAUGCUGGUAUUACACUGCAACCAAACUCACACAUGUUGAAUAGCGAUGACGAGCGACGUGUUAAUCUAGUAGUAGAGUCUACGCCCACUGGGUUUAUAGGCUUUACUCUUCGYGGUGGUGCGGAAUAUGGACUGGGUAUCUAUAUAUCAGGGGUUGAUCCAGGGUCUCUGGCAGAGGAAGCUGGCUUUCGUGUUGGAGAUCAAAUUCUGGAUGUUAAUGGAAAAAACUUUGAGAGCAUAAAGCACAARGAAGCUGUGGAUUUUAUUAAAAGUAACAAACACAUUAUUGUAACGCUAAAGGCAGUCGGAAAGCUACCCGAAGCUAAACAUUAUACCUCAGAGAUAAGCUGGAUUUACCCUGAUGGUACUAUUCUCAAAGAAGGAAAAGAGAUAUUCUCAAGAUCAUUAUCAGCACCAAUGACAUCAUCAACRCCGUCACCAAUAGAACACUCCUCCACACAAUUCCCUGACAUUGAACUAAACAACAACACAACACAAACCAGACCUGAAUCACGGGAAUGUGGUGUACAAACCCCCCCUGACUCAUCUCCUCAAUACAAGAUGGAAAUUGACACWCAAACAACUGACGCUGUUCCUGUGAGAGACAUUGACCUUACAAGAGCACAAAGUGCUGCAACUAUUUCAAUAAGUAGUGGAGAUGAUACAGAAAAACGUCACUCGGCCCACUCWAGUACACAUUCUGUUGAUAGUGGUAACAGUAGAGAUGAUGCUGAGAAGAAGUUCCUUACCACCAGUAGUGCUGGUAGCGGUGACUAUGUUCAUUUACAGUCAGCUGGUAGUGAUAAUGAAGCUGCAGCUAAYGAAGAGAGUAAGAAGAAGGUGAAGAAGUCCAAGUCAUUCCUUCAGAAACAUGGCGAYAAGAUUAAAUCAAAAUUGAGUUUUAGGAAGAAGAGUAAGCCUAAGGUGGAAUCAAAGACAGGUGGUCCUACUAAGCAACAGCUUUUGCUUUAUGUGGAAGAACGUGCUAAAAAGAUUCUUGUUGUAGAGGAAUAUAAUGCUAUUGUCAAUGAUAUCAAACAGUACUUGGAUGAUUCAGAUGUUGAACUAUUGGUGAACAAACUGCUGGCCAUUUUGGAUAAACCAGAGAAAGCGUUAUUACUACGUGACGUCAGGACACUGAUAUCUCCUUAUGACCUUGGCCGUUUUGAUGCUAUGGUAUCCGCCCGUGAGAAAGAUGCUUUAGAAUAUCUGAGUGUCUGUGUUCCAGGUUCACCUACAUCAAUAUUGCCAACACAAGUUGAGAAACCAAAGCGUCAGCUUAUAUCUGUAAUCCAAGAUAGUAGAGGUGGCUUUCAAAUAAGAAGCAAAGAAGAACUAGAAAAACUAAAACAAGAAAGAGAAGCUCAAGCACAGAUGGCAGCAGCUCAAAGGGCGUGGCUUGGUGGAAACAUCCUUGACAGACAAGCUCGUCUUGGAACCUCAGAAUACUAUGCAAUUAGGUCAACCACACCAGAAGCUAUUGAGAUGACUCCAGUGCAUGACAGUGGACCAUUGCAAGGUAGUGCCCAAACCAACCCUAACCCAGUCCCUCCUCAAUUCAAUCCUGGCCCAGUCUCUCUCAGUGUACCUGUCAUCCAAGUAAACAAUGACAACUCAAAUGAUCAAGAUGUUGCCAUGGAAACAAUGACCAGUCCAAACACCCUUUCAGUACCUGACAGAGUUUCAGUAGAGUAUAAGGAUGAUGACGAGGAAGAGAUGCCUCAGAUUGGCAGCCAUCAGUCAGCUUUCUUCAGUGUUCCAUCAACAUCGUCAGCAAUCCCAGCCAUACAGGAGGGUGUGCUAAUUCUUUUACCAAAGAAUAGAACUAGCCUGGGAAUCAGUAUUUCAGGAGGCAAAGGAUCAAAAAUGCAGCCAGAAAUAAGAGUUGAAAAGAUCUUUCCUGGUGGUGCUGCACAUGAUGAUGGCAGGCUCAAGAGUGGUGAUGAAAUAAUCUCUGUGGAUGGUUCCAGUAUGCGUGACGUGACGCACGCUGAAGCUGUAGAUAUCAUACGCCGUUCAUAUAACGACAAGAGUAAGGGAGUCAUGGAAAUCACAGUAAUCCCAAAGCAAUAAUAUACUCAAGUGAACAAUUAAUUUAAAAAUGUUUAACAUUGGGAUUGUCCAAGCACAGCAUGUACCAAAACUGUUCUUAUGUAUAAAAWCCGUUUUGGUUUGGCUGCAUGCAGGCUUGUCUUACUCUAAAAUCUACAUAGAUGUAUUGUUAAUCAGAGCUUUAAUUGUCCUCAACUUGGAUCUUGCACUUGUUGUGCAAAGGGUAGUAUAGACAAGGGAGCUUGCUCUCGCAAAAAGCCUCCACCGUCUGCACGUCCAAUAAUUUCAGGCCCCCAAAAAAUGUUAUGUCACAACAAACGUUUUGCUCACAAGCUUUGCUCCAUCGUAUCAAAUUAUUCAAAUAUGAAGAAGCAGGCUCGCAUUGAGUUAAUCCUCUGUUUGCAAUCAAAACAAACUGCCAGUACUCCAUGUAACAGUUCCCAAGGACACCCCGAUAAAAUGGUGUUARAUUUAAAGGAAGUAUGUAUUUUCACCUAAUUUCCAUUAUUUUGAAUAUUGUAUUUACACAUGUAUAUGAGUGAAACAAUGAUUUAGAURCCUAAGUCAUGCACACACAACUCUUUUUCCUCUUUCAGUCUUUCAUUUUGUACAAAGUWAAUCAUAGUUUGGUGCUUGUUAAGGCAUAGGCUACCCAACUAUUGCUUGAGAGAAAAAGAACGAAUGCGCACGCCUUUACGCUGGUGUUAUCGGCGCGCGCUCUUAGCUAAAUGCGGGUUACCUGUGGCAUUACGUCAGUGAUCCCUUACCUCGCGGGAUCAAAAACUAAGASCGCCUGCCGAUAACACCAGCGUAAAAGCGUGCGCAUUCAUUCUUUUCUUUCUCUCAAGCAAUAGUUGGGUAGCCUAUGGUUAAGGAGGCAAAUUUUAUAGAAGACUUGUAUUAAUKGUAUUAAAUAUUUUUAGGGCCAAAUUAUUGUCUAUUACAUUUCCACAUUUUGUUCAACAUUCUUUUCAUUCUUUUAGUGCUUUUAGUCAAUAGAAUCUCACAUAAUCAGACAUUUUGUACRUUCUAUAAAAUUAUGGUAAUUUGCAGAGCAUCAGCCAGUGCACAMUCCAGGGAUACAUGAUUGUCUAAUUUGGAUAAAAUAAUUGUGACUUGUGAGUAHCAUAACCUUGCAGUCACAGACUAGUACCCAGUCGUUGCUCUUCUUUUUUCCUUGGUGCGCGCAAAGGACCAAGGGAAGUCGGAAGAGAAAAUAACACCACUCCUUUCCUUCACCCUUCCCAUCAUGCAUUGCGCGCUGCUUGAGAGAAGCAACUGGGUUGGAGUCUGUUGCAGCCAUUCACAAGAUAUGUAAAUAGCAUGAAAAAUACAUUUGUUUUGCGGAAAMGUUAUUGUCAAUGGGAAAAUAUCCAAAACACAAUUAUAUAGCUUGGUCAUAAACAUUUGACUUGACAAUAACAAUCCUUUUGUUUAGAAAUUAUAUUUUUUUACAAAAGGGUUCUUUUCAAGGGAAUUUUUAAAGUUGUAAAUAAGGUAUCAUGAUUAUUUGUAUUGAAUCUUUUUAUAAUCUAUAGCAAUCGAUGUAAUAUGCUUCUUAAUGUGACAGCAAUAAUGACACAAUUUACGGCAAUUUAUGUACGGCAAAAUUUGAUU